UACAAAGCGACUACAACAGCUGGAUGAAAGGCUGUGGCUGGGUGCCUUUCGGGUCCUUAGAGAUGGAGAAGGUGAAGCGGCCUCAGACAUCCUUAAUGAGAAAAAAUAUCGCCAACAUCCAGAUACACUCAAGUUUACCUCAAUUGAAGACGCUCCAAUUAUAGUGCAGUCUAAAAUUAACCAGGCCCAGAGGAGCGAUAUUGCUUAUAAAGCCAAAGGAGAGGAAAUUAUUCACAAAUACAACAUGCCGGCAGACCUGCCCCAGUUCAUCCAGGCUAAAGUUAACGCCUACAACAUCAGCGAGAAUACGUACAAAGCAGACCUGAAAGACUUGAGCAAGAAGGGCUAUGACCUGAGAACUGAUGCGAUUCCCAUCAGAGCUGCCAAAGCUGCCAGGCAGGCAGCAAGCGAUGUUCAGUACAAAAAAGAUUAUGAAAAAGGUAAAGGGAAAAUGGUUGGCUUCCAAAGUAUCCAAGAUGAUCCUAAACUGGUUCAUUACAUGAAUGUGGCCAAGAUACAAUCGGACCGGGAAUAUAAAAAAGACUAUGAGAAGACCAAGACCAAGUACAAUACGCCCCAUGAUAUGUUCAACGUCGUGGCGGCUAAGAAAGCCCAGGAUGUUGCCAGCAAUGUCAACUAUAAGCAUUCUCUCCAUCAUUACACCUACCUCCCCGAUGCCAUGGACCUGGAGUUGUCUAAAAACAUGAUGCACAUACAGAGUGAUAACGCCUACAAGGAAGACUACAACACCUGGAUGAAAGGCAUCGGCUGGAUCCCCAUUGGCAGUCUCGACGUAGAAAAAGUGAAGAAGGCAGGUGAUGCCCUGAAUGAAAAGAAGUACCGGCAACAUCCAGACACCCUCAAAUUUACCAGCAUCGUGGACUCCCCGGUUAUGGUCCAGGCAAAACAGAACACCCAGCAAGUCAGUGAUAUCCUAUACAAAGCUAAAGGAGAAGAUGUGAAACACAAAUACACUAUGAGUCCUGAUCUUCCUCAGUUCCUCCAGGCCAAAUGCAAUGCUUACAAUAUCAGUGAUGUCUGUUACAAACGAGACUGGCAUGACUUGAUAGCCAAGGGCAACAACGUGCUGGGUGACGCUAUUCCCAUCGCCGCGGCCAAGGCCUCAAGAAACAUUGCCAGCGACUAUAAAUACAAGGAAGCUUAUGAGAAGUCAAAGGGAAAGCAUGUGGGCUUUAGAAGCCUCCAGGAUGAUCCCAAGCUGGUCCACUAUAUGAAUGUGGCGAAGCUGCAAUCCGAUCGUGAAUACAAGAAGAACUAUGAGAACACCAAAACCAGCUACCAUACCCCCGGGGACAUGGUUAGCAUCACAGCUGCCAAGAUGGCCCAGGAUGUUGCCACCAAUGUCAAUUACAAACAGCCGCUACAUCAUUACACAUACCUACCUGACGCCCUGAGUCUCGAGCAUACGAGGAAUGUGAAUCAAAUUCAGAGUGAUAAUGUAUACAAGGACGAGUACAAUAACUUCUUCAAGGGCAUCGGAUGGAUCCCUAUUGGUUCUUUGGAGGUUGAGAAGGUCAAGAAAGCAGGUGAUGCGCUAAACGAGAAGAAGUAUCGACAGCACCCUGAUACCAUCAAGUUCACCAGUGUGCCUGACUCCAUGGGCAUGGUUUUGGCUCAGCAGAACACAAAGCAGCUAAGUGAUUUGAACUACAAGGUGGAGGGGGAGAAACUGAAGCACAAGUACACUAUAGACCCUGAAUUGCCUCAGUUUAUUCAAGCCAAGGUCAACGCCCUCAACAUGAGUGAUGCUCAUUAUAAAGCAGACUGGAAGAAAACCAUUGCUAAGGGCUAUGAUUUGAGACCAGAUGCCAUUCCAAUUGUUGCCGCAAAAAGUUCAAGGAACAUUGCUAGCGAUUACAAAUAUAAGGAGGCCCACGAGAAAGCCAAAGGCAAGCACAUUGGAUUUCUCAGUCUUCAGGAUGACCCUAAACUGGUACACUACACGAAUGUGGCCAAAAUGCAAUCGGAUCGUGAGUACAAAAAGGGCUACGAAGCCAGCAAGACCAGGUACCACACACCUUUGGAUAUGGUCAGUGUGACGACUGCAAAGAAAUCUCAGGAGGUUGUUACCAAUACCAACUACAGACAACCGUUCCACCACUACACUCUCCUUCCCGACGCCUUGACCGUGGAACACUCGAGGAAUGCCAUGCAGAUUCAGAGCGAUAAUCUAUACAAAUCCGACUUCACCAAUUGGAUGAAAGGGAUUGGCUGGGUCCCCAUAGAGUCCCUGGAGGUGGAGAAGGCAAAGAAAGCGGGAGAGAUUCUCAGCGAGAAGAAGUAUCGCCAGCACCCCGAGAAGCUGAAGUUCACGUAUGCCAUGGACACGAUGGAACAGGCACUGAACAAAAGUAACAAACUGAAUAUGGAUAAGAGACGCUACACGGAAAAAUGGAACAAAGACAAGACCAGCAUUCACGUCAUGCCUGAUACUCCGGAUAUUUUACUCUCCAGAGUAAACCAAAUCACCAUGAGUGACAAAUUGUACAAAUCUGGCUGGGAGGAAGAAAAGAAGAAAGGAUAUGACCUGAGGCCUGAUGCCAUCUCAAUAAAGGCUGCAAAGUCCUCUAGAGACAUUGCCAGUGACUACAAAUACAAGCAAGCCUAUGAACAAGCCAAAGGGAAACACAUCGGCUUCCGGAGCCUGGAAGACGACCCCAAGCUGGUGCACUUCAUGCAGGUGGCCAAGAUGCAGUCAGACCGGGAAUACAAGAAGGCAUAUGAGAAAUCCAAGACGUCCUUCCACACCCCGGUGGACAUGUUCAGUGUGGUGGCAGCCAAGAAGUCUCAGGAAGUGGCCACCAACGCCAAUUACAGGAACGUGAUCCAUACCUACAACAUGCUUCCUGAUGCCAUGAGCUUUGAACUGGCCAAAAAUAUGAUGCAGAUUCAAAGUGAUAAUCAGUACAAAGCUGACUACGCUGACUUCAUGAAGGGCAUCGGAUGGCUCCCUCUGGGCUCCCUGGAAGCUGAGAAAAACAAGAAGGCCAUGGAGAUUAUUAGUGAAAAGAAGUACCGCCAGCACCCAGACACUUUGAAGUAUUCCACGUUGAUGGACUCGAUGAACAUGGUUUUGGCCCAAAAUAAUAAGAAAAUUAUGGAUGAUCACCUCUAUAAACAAGCAUGGGAGGCUGAUAAGACCAAAGUCCACAUCAUGCCCGAUAUCCCCGAGAUUAUUCUGGCAAAGGCAAAUGCAAUUAAUAUGAGUGAUAAACUCUACAAACUUUCUCUGGAAGAGUCUAGAAAGAAAGGCUACGAUCUCCCAAGUGACGCAAUUCCCAUCAAAGCUGCCAAGGCCUCGAGAGAUAUCGCAAGCGAUUAUAAAUACAAGUACAACUAUGAAAAGGAGAGGGGGAAAAUGGUUGGUUUCCGCAGCCUUAAGGAUGAUCCCAAGUUAGUCCAUUCCAUGGAAGUGGCUAAAAUGCAAUCUGACCGGGAGUACAAGAAAAACUACGAGAAGACGAAGACCAGCUACCACACCCCUGCCGACAUGCUCAGCGUCACGGCCGCCAAGGACGCCCAAGCCAACAUCACCAACACUAACUACAAGCACCUGAUCCACAAAUACAUCCUCCUCCCGGAUGCCAUGAGCCUCGAGCUGAGCAGGAAUAUGAAUCACAUACAGAGCGAUAAUGAGUAUAAGCAAGACUACAACGAAUGGUACAAAGGGCUUGGGUGGAGUCCAGCCGGCUCCCUAGAAGUGGAGAAGGCCAGGAAAGCAACUGAGUAUGCCAGCGAUCAGAAAUACCGCCAGCACCCCAGCAACUUCGAAUUUAAGAAGCUGUCUGAUUCCAUGGACAUGGUGCUCGCCAAGCAGAAUGCACACACCAUGAACAAGUAUUUAUACACUGUUGAUUGGAAUAAAGACAAGACCAAGAUUCAUGUGAUGCCUGACACACCAGAUAUUUUACAAGCCAAGCAGAAUCAAACACUGUAUAGUCAGAAACUCUAUAAACUUGGAUGGGAAGAAGCUUUGAAGAAAGGCUAUGAUCUCCCAGUCGAUGCAAUUUCCGUACAGCUGGCCAAAGCUUCCAGAGACAUUGUUAGCGAUUUUAAAUACAAACAAGGCUACCGAAAGCAACUUGGCCACCAUAUUGGAUUCCGGAGUCUUCAAGAUGACCCGAAGCUUGUGUUGUCCAUGAAUGUAGCCAAAAUGCAGAGUGAAAGAGAAUACAAGAAGGACUUUGAGAAGUGGAAAACCAAGUUCUCCAGCCCUGUGGACAUGUUGGGAGUGGUGCUGGCCAAGAAGUGUCAGGCCUUGGUCAGUGACGUAGACUACAAGAACUACUUACACCAGUGGACAUGCCUACCCGACCAGAAUGAUGUUAUUCAAGCUAAAAAAGUUUAUGAACUACAAAGUGAGAAUUUGUAUAAGUCUGACCUUGAGUGGCUGAGAGGCAUAGGAUGGAGUCCCCUGGGUUCUUUGGAGGCAGAAAAAAAUAAGCGGGCUUCAGAAAUCAUCAGUGAGAAGAAAUAUCGUCAGCCUCCAGACAAAAACAAGUUCACCAGCAUUCCUGACGCCAUGGACAUAGUUCUGGCAAAGACCAAUGCCAAAAACAGGAGUGAUAGACUUUAUAGAGAAGCUUGGGACAAGGACAAGACUCAGAUCCACAUCAUGCCUGACACACCUGACAUUGUUCUGGCUAAAGCAAACUUAAUCAACACAAGUGAUAAACUCUACCGAAUGGGUUAUGAGGAGCUGAAGAAAAAAGGUUACGAUCUUCCUGUUGAUGCCAUACCCAUCAAAGCAGCGAAAGCCUCCCGGGAAAUUGCCAGCGAAUACAAGUACAAAGAAGGCUUUCGAAAGCAGCUUGGCCACCACAUUGGAGCCAGGGACAUCAAAGACGACCCCAAAAUGAUGUGGUCCAUGCACGUGGCCAAGAUCCAGAGUGACCGGGAGUACAAGAAGGACUUUGAGAAGUGGAAGACCAAGUUCAGCAGUCCAGUGGACAUGCUGGGCGUGGUGCUGGCCAAGAAGUGCCAGACCUUAGUCAGUGACGUGGACUACAAGAACUACCUGCACCAGUGGACGUGCCUGCCCGACCAGAAUGAUGUGAUCCAUGCCCGGCAGGCCUAUGACCUUCAGAGCGAUAAUUUGUACAAGUCUGACCUGCAGUGGCUAAGAGGCAUUGGCUGGUUGCCCAGUGGUUCUCUAGAGGAUGAGAAAAACAAAAGAGCCACCCAGAUCUUGAGUGACCAUGUUUACCGUCAGCACCCAGAUAAGUUCAAGUUUUCCAGCCUUAUGGAUUCCAUACCGAUGGUUUUGGCAAAAAACAAUGCUAUUACCAUGAAUCAUCGCCUCUAUACAGAAGCUUGGGAUAAAGAUAAAACCACGAUUCACAUUAUGCCAGACACCCCUGAAGUUGUACUAGCUAAACAAAACCAAAUAAAUUACAGCGAGAAACUAUAUAAACUUGGCCUAGAAGAAGCCAGGAAGAAAGGCUAUGAUAUGCGGCUAGAUGCCAUUCCUAUCAAGGCAGCCAAGGCUUCCAGAGACAUUGCCAGUGAAUUCAAGUACAAAGAAGGUUAUCGCAAGCAGCUUGGCCACCACAUUGGUGCCCGAGCCAUCCAUGACGAUCCCAAGAUGAUGUGGUCCAUGCACGUGGCCAAGAUCCAGAGUGACAGGGAGUACAAGAAGGACUUUGAGAAGUGGAAGACCAAGUACAGCAGCCCAGUGGACAUGCUGGGAGUGGUCCUGGCCAAGAAAUGUCAGGCCCUGGUCAGUGACGUGGACUACAAGAACUACCUGCACCAGUGGACGUGCCUGCCCGACCAGAAUGACGUGAUCCACGCCCGGCAGGCCUAUGACCUCCAGAGUGAUAAUAUGUACAAGUCAGAUCUCCAGUGGCUGAGAGGCGUCGGCUGGGUGCCCAUUGGCUCUUUGGAUGUGGAAAAAUGCAAAAGGGCAACUGAAAUUUUGAGUGAUAAAAUCUAUCGCCAGCCUCCAGACCAAUUCAAAUUUACCAGCGUGACUGAUUCUCUGGAACAAGUGUUGGCCAAGAAUAAUGCCAUCACUAUGAACAAGCGUUUAUACACAGAAGCCUGGGACAAAGACAAGACUCAGGUCCACAUAAUGCCAGACACACCAGAAAUUAUGCUGGCAAGAAUGAACAAAAUCAACUACAGUGAGAGUCUUUACAAACUUGCCAAUGAAGAAGCAAAGAAGAAAGGCUAUGAUUUGCGAAGCGACGCCAUCCCAAUAGUGGCGGCCAAGGCCUCCAGGGACAUCAUCAGUGACUACAAAUACAAAGAUGGUUACCGCAAGCAGCUUGGCCACCACAUUGGAGCCAGGGACAUCAAAGAUGAUCCCAAGAUGAUGUGGUCCAUGCACGUGGCCAAGAUCCAGAGUGACAGGGAGUACAAGAAGGACUUCGAGAAGUGGAAGACCAAGUUCAGCAGCCCAGUGGACAUGCUGGGCGUGGUGCUGGCCAAGAAGUGCCAGACCUUAGUCAGUGACGUGGACUACAAGAACUACCUGCACCAGUGGACAUGCCUGCCCGACCAGAAUGACGUGAUCCAUGCCCGGCAGGCCUAUGACCUCCAGAGCGAUAACCUUUAUAAGUCUGAUCUCCAGUGGCUGAGAGGCAUUGGCUGGGUCCCCAUUGGGUCCGUGGAUGAUGUCAAGUGCAAGAGAGCUGCAGAAAUCCUGAGCGAUGCCAUCUACCGCCAGCCUCCAGACAAGCUGAAAUUUACUAGUGUAACUGAUUCCCUGGAACAGGUGCUGGCCAAGAACAACGCCAUCACCAUGAACAAGCGCUUAUACACAGAAGCCUGGGACAAAGACAAGACCCAAGUCCAUAUUAUGCCUGAUACACCUGAAAUUACGUUGGCAAGACAAAAUAAGAUAAAUUAUAGUGUGAGUCUCUACCGCCAGGCCAUGGAAGAAGCCAAGAAAGAGGGCUAUGACUUGAGAAGUGACGCCAUUCCCAUUGUGGCUGCCAAGGCCUCCCGGGAUAUUGCCAGUGAUUACAAAUACAAAGAAGCUUAUCGUAAACAGCUGGGUCACCACAUUGGCGCCCGAGCAGUCCAUGAUGACCCCAAGAUAAUGUGGUCCCUCCACAUCGCCAAAGUGCAGAGUGACCGUGAGUACAAGAAAGAAUUUGAGAAAUACAAGACGAGGUACAGCAGCCCGGUGGACAUGCUUGGCAUCGUUUUGGCCAAGAAAUGUCAGACCUUGGUCAGCGAUGUGGACUACAGACAUCCUCUCCAUGAAUGGAUGUGCCUGCCCGACCAGAACGACGUCAUUCAGGCGCGGAAAGCUUAUGACCUGCAGAGCGAUAAUUUGUACAAGUCAGACCUUGAAUGGAUGAGAGGCAUUGGCUGGGUUCCAAUUGGUUCCGUGGAAGUUGUUAGAGCCAAGAGAGCUGCAGAGAUACUGAGUGACAAUAUCUACCGUCAGCGGCCAGACACAAUGAAAUUUACCUGUAUAACUGACACUCCGGAGCAGGUGCUGGCGAAAAGUAAUGCUAUAAACAUGAAUAAGCGCUUAUAUACUGAAGCCUGGGACAAUGACAAGAAAACAAUUCAUGUCAUGCCUGAUACACCGGAAAUCAUGUUAGCCAAACUCAACCGAAUACAAUACAGCGAUAAACUCUAUAAACUUGCUUUGGAAGAGUCCAGGAAGGAAGGCUAUGACUUGCGCUUGGAUGCCAUUCCAAUCCAAGCAGCCAAGGCUUCGAGAGAAAUUGCAAGUGAUUACAAGUACAAGGAAGGCUACCGCAAACAGCUUGGCCACCACAUUGGGGCUCGGAACAUUGAGGACGAUCCUAAGAUGUUGUGGUCCAUCCAUGCGGCCAAGAUCCAGAGUGACAGGGAGUAUAAGAAAAACUUUGAGAAGUGGAAGACCAAGUUCAGCAGUCCAGUGGACAUGCUGGCGGUGGUGCAGGCCAAGAAGUGUCAGAUCCUCGUAAGCGACGUAGACUACAAGCAUCCCCUGCACGAGUGGACCUGCCUGCCUGAUCAGAACGACGUCAUUCAGGCUCGCAAGGCCUAUGACCUGCAGAGUGAUGCUAUUUACAAGGCUGAUCUUGAGUGGCUGAGAGGCAUUGGAUGGGUUCCCAUUGGCUCCAUAGAGGUCGAGAAGGUGAAGAGAGCUGGAGAAAUCCUGAGCGACAGGAAGUACCGCCAGCCUGCAGACCAGCAAAAAUUCACAUGCAUUACAGACACCCCGGAAAUUGUCCUGGCGAAGAAUAAUGCCCUGACAAUGAGCAAGCAUUUAUACACGGAAGCUUGGGAUUCUGACAAAACCUCCAUCCACGUGAUGCCGGAUACCCCAGAAAUCUUGCUGGCCAAGAGCAAUUCUGCCAACAUCAGCCAGAAACUUUACACCAAGGGAUGGGAUGAAUCAAAGAUGAAGGACUAUGAUCUGAGAGCAGAUGCUAUUUCCAUCAAAAGUGCCAAGGCCUCCAGGGACAUCGCCAGUGAUUACAAAUACAAGGAAGCAUAUGAGAAACAGAAAGGCCACCACAUUGGAGCCCAGAGCAUUGAAGAUGAUCCCAAGAUUAUGUGUGCUAUACAUGCAGGGAAGAUCCACAGUGAAAGGGAGUACAAAAAGGAAUUCCAGAAGUGGAAGACCAAGUUCUCUAGCCCAGUGGACAUGUUAGGCAUCUUGCUGGCCAAGAAAUGUCAGACUCUGGUCAGUGACAUUGAUUAUCGCAAUUACCUGCAUCACUGGACAUGCUUACCUGAUCAAAACGACAUUAUCCAAGCAAAGAAGGCCUAUGAACUGCAGAGUGAUAGCGUGUACAAAGCAGACCUGGAGUGGCUGCGUGGCAUUGGCUGGAUGCCGGAAGGCUCCGUGGAAAUGAACAGAGUGAAGGUUGCGCAAGACCUCGUGAAUGAAAGGCUCUAUAGAACGCGACCCGAAGCUUUGUCGUUCACUAGCAUCGUUGACACUCCAGAAGUUGUCCUGGCAAAAGCUAAUUCUCUGCAAAUAAGUGAGAAACUGUAUCAAGAUGCCUGGAAUAAAGAUAAAGUCAACAUCACCAUUCCUUCGGAUACCCCGACCAUGCUGCAGGCCCAGAUCAAUGCCAUGCAAAUCAGCAAUAAACUCUACCAAAAAGACUGGAAUGAGGCCAAACAGAAAGGCUAUGACAUAAGAGCAGAUGCCAUUGAAAUCAAGCAAGCCAAAGCCUCCAGAGACAUUGCCAGUGAGUACAAAUACAAAGAAGGUUACCGCAAACAACUGGGCCACCACGUGGGUUUCCGCAGCCUACAAGAUGACCCCAAGUUGGUAUGGUCAAUACAUGCUGCCAAGAUCCAGAGUGACAGGGAAUACAAGAAAGCUUAUGAGAAGUCUAAAGGAAUUUACAACACGCCAUUGGACAUGAUGUCAAUUGUUCAAGCCAAGAAAUGCCAGGUCCUGGUUAGCGACGUUGAUUAUCGCAAUUACCUGCACCAGUGGAUAUGCCUGCCAGAUCAGAACGAUGUGAUCCAGGCCAAGAAAGCCUAUGACCUGCAGAGCGAUAACCUGUACAAAGCAGACCUGGAAUGGAUAAAGGGUAUCGGAUGGUUGCCAGAGGGUUCUGUGGAAGUGAUGAGAGUGAAGAAUGCCCAGAAUCUCAUGAAUGAAAGGUUGUAUCGGACAAGGCCGGAGGCACUCAAAUUCACCAGCAUCGUGGACACUCCAGAAGUAAUCCGGGCAAAGAUCAACGCUGUACAGAUCAGUGAGCCGUUGUAUCGGGAUGCCUGGGAGAGAGAGAAGGCAAAUGUGAACAUCCCAGCCGACACACCGUUGAUGCUGCAGUCCAAGAUCAACGCCGUACAGAUCAGCAAUAAACACUACCAGCAAGCUUGGGAAGACGUCAAGAUGACCGGUUAUGACCUGCGAGCAGAUGCCAUUGGAAUCCAGCAUGCCAAGGCUUCCAGGGACAUUGCCAGUGACUACCUGUACAAAACUACGUAUGAGAAACAGAAAGGACAUUACAUUGGAUGUCGUACUGCCAAGGAAGACCCCAAACUGGUUUGGGCUGCAAAUGUGUUGAAGAUGCAGAAUGACAGGCUGUACAAAAAGGCCUACAAUGAUAACAAGGCCAAGAUCACCAUCCCAGUGGACAUGGUGUCCAUCAACGCUGCCAAAGAAGGCCAGGCCAUAGCAAGCAAUGUGGACUAUCGCCAGUACCUGCACCAGUGGUCUUGCUUCCCCGACCAGAAUGACAUAAUCCAAGCCCGGAAAGCCUAUGACCUGCAGAGCAACGCCAUCUACAAGGCUGACUUGGAGUGGUUGCGUGGCAUCGGCUGGAUGCCUGAAGGCUCUCCGGAACUGUUGAGAGUCAAAAAUGCCCAGCAUAUCCUAAGUGACAAUGUCUAUCGGACACCUGUGGUGAAUCUCAAGUACUCAAGCAUCGUUGACACACCUGAAGUGGUCCUUGCUAAAUCCAAUGCUGAAAAUAUUAGUAUUCCAAAGUACAGAGAAGUCUGGGACAAGGAUAAAACCUCAGUCCACAUAAUGCCGGAUACUCCAGAAAUCAAUCUUGCUAGAGCAAACGCUCUUAAUGUGAGCAACAAAAUUUACCGCGAGGGUUGGGAAGACGUGAAGGCGAGCUGUGACGUCCGCCUGGACGCCAUCCCCAUCCAGGCUGCCAAGGCCUCCAGGGAGAUCGCCAGCGACUAUAAAUACAAGCUUGACCACGAGAAGCAGAAGGGACACUACGUGGGCACCCGCACAGCCAGGGAUGACAACAAGAUCCGGUGGGCCCUCAUAGCUGGCAAGAUCCAGAACGAACGCGAGUACCGGCUGCAGUGGGCCAAGUGGAAGUCCAAGAUCCAGAGCCCUGCGGACAUGCUUUCCAUCCUGCAUUCGAAAUCAAGCCAGGGGCUGGUCAGCAACGUUGAUUACCGCAAUUACCUGCACCAGUGGACCUGCAUGCCCGACCAGAACGAUGUGAUUCAGGCCAAGAAAGCCUACGAGCUGCAGAGUGACGCUGUUUACAAGGCCGACUUGGAGUGGCUGCGUGGAAUUGGGUGGAUGCCAAAUGAUUCCGUUUCUGUCAAUCACGCCAAACAUGCUGCGGAUAUCUUCAGCGAGAAAAAAUAUCGCACAAAAAUAGAAACUCUCAACUUCACACCUGUGGAUGACAGAGUUGAUUAUGUGACAGCAAAACAAAGUGGUGAGAUCCUCAAUGAUAUUAAGUACCGGAAACACUGGAAUGACACCAAAUCCAACUACACCCUCACAGAAACCCCCCAGCUGCACGCUGCCCAGGAGGCUGCCCGGAUCCUGGACCAGUACCUCUACAAAGAAGGCUGGGAGAAACAAAAAGCCACAGGCUACAUUCUGCCUCCGGAUGCUGUGCCAUUUGUUCAUGCUCAUCACUCCGGUGAUGUUCAGAGUGAGCUGAAAUACAAAGCUGAACACGUAAAGCAAAAAGGUCACUAUGUUGGUGUCCCGACGAUGAGAGACGAUCCUAAACUGGUUUGGUUUGAGCAUGCAGGCCAGAUUCAGAAUGACAGACUGUAUAAAGAGGACUAUCACAAAACAAAGGCCAAAAUCAACAUUCCUGGUGAUAUGGUGUCAGUCUUGGCCGCCAAGCAGGGGCAGACCCUCGUCAGUGAUAUCGAUUACCGUAAUUACCUGCACCAAUGGACGUGCCAUCCUGACCAAAAUGAUGUCAUUCAAGCAAGAAAGGCCUACGACCUACAGAGCGAUAAUAUCUACAAAGCUGACCUGGAGUGGCUGAGAGGCAUUGGCUGGAUGCCCCUGGAUUCUGUGGACCACGUGAGGGUUACUAAGAACCAGGAGAUGGUGAAUCAGAUAAAAUAUAAGAAAGAUGCUCUUGAAAACUAUCCUAACUUUACAAGUGUGGUGGAUCCUCCAGAGAUUGUUUUGGCCAAGAUCAACUCUGUCAAUCAAAGUGAUGUGAAAUAUAAAGAAACAUUCAAUAAAGCCAAGGGCAAGUAUACAUUUUCUCCAGACACGCCACAUAUCUCCCACUCUAAAGACAUGGGAAAACUCUACAGUACUAUACUGUAUAAAGGGGCGUGGGAGGGAACCAAGGCCUAUGGCUACACCCUGGAUGAGCGCUACAUUCCCAUUGUUGGAGCCAAGCACGCCGAUCUGGUGAACAGCGAGCUUAAAUACAAAGAGACAUAUGUGAAGCAGAGAGGUCACUACCUGGCUGGGAAAGUGAUCAGUGAGUUCCCUGGUGUGGUUCACUGUUUGGAUUUCCAGAAGAUGAGGAGCGCGUUGAACUACAGAAGAGACUAUGAGGACACCAAAGCAAAUGUUCAUAUCCCCAAUGAUAUGAUGAACCAUGUGCUGGCUAAAAAGUGCCAGUAUAUCCUCAGUGACCUGGAGUAUCGACACUACUUUCACCAGUGGACAUCUCUUCCGGAAGAACCCAAUGUUAUGCGCGUCCGGCAUGCCCAGGAGAUCUUAAGUGAUAAUGUGUAUAAAGAUGACUUGAAUUGGUUGAAAGGCAUUGGUUGCUACGUCUGGGAUACGCCCCAGAUUCUCCAUGCCAAGAAAUCAUACGACCUCCAGAGUCAGCUACAAUACACAGCAGCAGGUAAAGAAAAUCUACAAAACUACAAUCUGGUCACAGACACGCCGGUUUACGUGACUGCUCUUCAAAGUGGCAUUAAUGCCAGUGAGGUGAAAUAUAAGGAAAAUUAUCAUCAGAUUAAGGACAAAUAUACAACAGUUCUGGAAACAGUGGAUUAUGACAGAACCAAGAAUCUGAAGAAUCUUUAUAGCAGUAACCUGUACAAAGAGGCCUGGGAUAGAGUGAAGGCCACCAGCUACAUCCUGCCUUCCAGCACCCUGUCCCUGACACACGCCAAGAACCAGAAACAUCUGGCCAGCCGUGUCAAAUACCGGGAAGAAUAUGAAAAGUUCAAAGCUCUUUAUACUUUACCAAGAAGUGUGGAAGAUGAUCCGAACACAGCGCGGUGCCUCCGAGUUGGCAAGCUUAACAUUGAUCGCCUGUACAGAUCUGUUUACGAAAAGAACAAGAUGAAAAUCCACAUCGUGCCAGACAUGGUGGAGAUGGUGACCGCCAAGGACACUCAGAAGAAAGUCAGCGAGGUUGAUUACCGCCUGCACCUCCACGAGUGGAUCUGCCACCCCGACUUGCAAGUCAACAGCCACGUCAGGAAAGUCACGGAUCAGAUCAGCGACAUCGUGUACAAGGAUGACCUCAACUGGCUGAAAGGGAUUGGUUGCUUCGUCUGGGACACUCCCGAAAUUCUCCAUGCCAAACACGCUUAUGAUCUGCGCAACGAUAUCAAGUACAAAGCUCACGGAAAGAAGAUGAGAAACGACUACAAGUUGGUCACUGACACACCAGUUUAUGUUCAGGCUGUCAAAAGCGGGAAACAGCUAAGUGACGUUGUCUACCACCACGACUACGUGCACAGUGUCAGAGGCAAAGUGGCUCCGACUACGAGAACCGUGGAUCUGGACCGGGCCCGUCAUGCGUACAAGCUCCAGAGUGAGAAUCUGUACAAAACCAGCCUGCGCUUCCUGCCCACUGGAUAUAGGCUUCCAGGUGAUACUCCUCACUUCAAACACUCCAAGGACGUCCGAUACAUGAGCAGUUAUUUCAAGUACAAAGAAGUCUAUGAACACAUCAAGGCAAACGGGUAUACACUUGGCCCCAAAGAUGUUCCAUUUGUUCAUGUCCGGAGAGUCAACAAUGUCACCAGCGAGAGACUGUACCGGGAGUUGUACCACAAACUGAAAGACAAGAUUCAUACAACUCCUGACACACCUGAAAUCCGCCAAGUCAAGAAGACACAAGAGGCUGUCAGUGAGUUGAUCUACAAAUCAGACUUCUUCAAGAUGCAGGGCCACAUGAUCUCCCUGCCCUACACACCCCAAGUGCUCCACUGCCGCUACGUGGGAGACAUCACCAGUGACAUUAAAUACAAAGAGGACUUGCGGGUCCUGAAGGGGCUUGGCUGCUUCCUGUAUGACACUCCUGACAUGGUCCGCUCCCGGCACCUGCGGAAGCUCUGGUCUAAUUACCUGUACACUGAUAAUGCAAGGAAGAUGCGAGACAAAUACAAAGUGGUACUUGACACUCCAGAAUACAGGAAAGUACAGGAACUGAAGACACACCUGAGUGAGCUGGUGUACCGAGCUGCAGGCAAGAAGCAGAAGUCGAUCUUCACUUCGGUUCCUGAUACUCCUGAUCUUUUAAGAGCCAAGCGAGGGCAAAAGCUUCAGAGUCAGUAUCUGUAUGUUGAACUUGCCACCAAAGAGAGACCUCAUCACCACGCUGGAAACCAGACCACAGCCUUGAAGCACGCCAAACACGUGAAGGACAUGGUCAGUGAGACAAAGUACAAGAUUCAAUAUGAGAAGAUGAAGGACAAGUACACCCCGGUUCCAGACACGCCGAUCCUCAUCAGAGCCAAGAGGGCUUACUGGAACGCCAGCGAUCUCCGCUACAAAGAGACGUUUCAGAAGACCAAAGGGAAAUACCACACUGUGAAGGAUGCUCUGGACAUUGUUUACCACCGCAAAGUCACAGACGACAUCAGUAAAGUGAAAUACAAGGAGAACUACAUGAGCCAGCUGGGAAUCUGGAGGUCCAUUCCCGAUCGCCCAGAGCACUUCCACCACCGGGCAGUCACUGACGCAGUCAGUGAUGUAAAAUAUAAAGAAGACUUGACCUGGCUUAAAGGCAUUGGUUGCUAUGCCUAUGAUACCCCUGACUUAACCCUGGCUGAAAAGAACAAGACUCUCUACAGCAAGUAUAAGUAUAAAGAGGUAUUUGAAAGGACAAAGUCAGAUUUCAAGUAUGUUGCUGAUUGUCCAAUCAACAGGCAUUUCAAGUACGCAACUCAAUUGAUGAAUGAGAGAAAAUAUAAAUCUAGUGCCAAGAUGCUUCUGAAACAAGGAUGUAAUGAAAUUCUGCGUCCAGAUAUGUUGACUGCCCUCUACAAUACAUACAUGUGGAGCCAGAUCAAAUACAGGAAAAACUAUGAAAAAUCAAAGGACAAAUUUACCUCAGUUGUGGACACUCCAGAACACCUGCGUACUACCAAAGUCAACAAACAAAUCAGUGAUAUACUUUAUAAGCUGGAAUACAACAAGGCCAAACCCAGAGGCUACACCACCAUCCACGACACGCCCAUGUUGCUGCACGUUCGCAAGGUCAAAGAUGAAGUCAGUGAUCUGAAAUACAAAGAAGUUUACCAAAGAAAUAAAUCUAACUGCACCAUUGAGCCAGAUGCUGUUCAUAUCAAAGCAGCCAAGGACGCCUACAAAGUCAACACCAACCUGGACUACAAGAAGCAGUAUGAAGCCAACAAAGCCCACUGGAAGUGGACCCCCGACCGACCGGACUUCCUCCAGGCCGCCAAGUCCUCCCUGCAGCAAAGCGACUUUGAAUAUAAGCUGGACCGAGAGUUCCUCAAGGGUUGCAAGCUUUCUGUCACGGAUGAUAAAAACACGGUGCUGGCCCUCAAGAACACCUUGAUAGAAAGUGAUCUGAAAUACAAAGAGAAGCACAUCAAGGAAAGGGGAAGCUGCCAUGCUGUGCCUGACACUCCUCAGAUCCUGCUGGCAAAGACUGUCAGCAAUCUGGUGUCCGAGAACAAGUACAAGGACUAUGUCAAGAAGCACUUGGCCCAAGGCUCCUACACAACCCUGCCGGAGACCCGGGACACUGUCCAUGUCAAGGAAGUGACCAAGCAUGUCAGUGACACAAAUUACAAAAAGAAGUUUGUCAAGGAGAAAGGAAAAUCCAACUACUCCAUUAUGUUGGAGCCACCAGAGGUGAAACAUGCCAUGGAUGUGGCCAAGAAGCAGAGUGACGUCGCUUACAGAAAAGAUGCCAAAGAGAACCUGCAUUACACCACCGUGGCCGAUAGGCCAGACAUCAAGAAAGCCACGCAGGCAGCCAAACAGGCCAGCGAGGUGGAGUACAGAGCCAAGCACCGAAAGGAGGGCAGCCAUGGGUUGAGCAUGCUCGGUCGCCCAGACAUCGAAAUGGCCAAAAAGGCAGCCAGGCUGAGCAGCCAGGUAAAAUACCGUGAAAAUUUCGACAAAGAGAAGGGCAAGACACCAAAAUACAAUCCGAAAGAAAGCCAGCUGUACAAAGUCAUGAAAGAUGCUAAUAAUCUUGCAAGUGAGGUUAAAUAUAAGGCUGACCUGAAGAAACUUCACAAACCUGUGACUGACAUGAAGGAAUCUUUGAUAAUGAACCAUGUCCUGAAUACCAGCCAACUUGCCAGUUCUUACCAGUACAAGAAGAACUAUGAGAAGAGUAAAGGCCACUACCACACGAUACCCGAUAACUUGGAGCAGCUGCACCUAAAAGAGGCCACCGAGUUACAGAGUAUAGUGAAAUACAAAGAAAAGUAUGAAAAGGAACGAGGAAAGCCCAUGUUGGACUUCGAAACACCAACGUACCUCACUGCCAAAGAGUCUCAGCAGAUGCAAAGCGGGAAAGAAUAUAGGAAGGAUUAUGAAGAGUCCAUUAAAGGCAGAAACCUGACUGGCUUGGAGGUCACACCAGCUUUGUUACAUGUCAAAUAUGCAACCAAAAUAGCGAGUGAGAAAGAAUACCGGAAAGAUCUAGAGGAAAGCAUCCGUGGGAAGGGUCUCACUGAAAUGGAAGACACACCUGACAUGCUAAGAGCAAAGAACGCCACCCAAAUCCUCAAUGAGAAAGAAUAUAAGCGAGAUCUGGAACUGGAAGUCAAAGGAAGAGGCCUGACUACCAUGGCCAAUGAAACUCCAGAUUUCAUGAGGGCCAAGAACGCUACUGAUAUUGCCAGUCAGAUUAAGUAUAAGCAAUCAGCAGAAAUGGAAAAGGCCAAUUUCACGUCUGUGGUUGAUACUCCAGAGAUCAUUCAUGCCCAACAAGUCAAGAACCUUUCAAGCCAGAAAAAGUACAAGGAAGAUGCUGAGAAGUCCAUGUCAUAUUAUGAGACUGUUCUGGAUACCCCAGAGAUGCAGAGAGUCCGGGAGAACCAAAAGAACUUCAGCCUUCUCCAAUACCAGUGUGACCUUAAAAACAGUAAAGGAAAAAUUACAGUUGUUCAAGACACGCCAGAAAUACUGCGUGUUAAAGAAAAUCAAAAGAAUUUCAGCUCGGUUUUAUAUAAAGAAGAUGUCUCACCAGGAACGGCGAUCGGAAAGACACCCGAGAUGAUGCGAGUGAAGCAAACGCAAGACCACAUCAGCGCAGUGAAGUAUAAGGAAACAAUUGGACAAGGAACUCCAAUCCCCGACCUGCCUGAAGUGAAACGUGUCAAGGAGACCCAGAAGCACAUUAGCUCGGUUAUGUACAAAGAAAACUUGGGAACAGGCAUUCCAACCACUGUCACUCCAGAGAUUGAGAGAGUCAAACGCAAUCAAGAGAACUUUAGCUCGGUUUUGUACAAAGAAAAUUUGGGGAAAGGAACCCCAACACCUAUCACUCCAGAGAUGGAGCGAGUCAAACGCAAUCAAGAGAACUUUAGCUCGAUAUUGUACAAAGAGAACUUGAGCACGGGGACCCCCGUACCCGUCACUCCUGAGAUCGAGCGAGUCAAACGCAAUCAAGAGAACUUUAGCUCGGUGCUAUACAAAGAAAACCUGGGGACAGGAAUUCCAAUCCCCAUCACUCCUGAGAUGCAGAGAGUCAAACACAAUCAAGAAAACCUUAGCUCGGUGUUAUACAAGGAAAACAUGGGCAAGGGAACCCCUUUACCUGUCACUCCAGAGAUGGAGAGAGUCAAACACAAUCAAGAAAAUAUUAGCUCGGUUUUGUACAAGGAAAAUGUGGGGAAAGCCACCCCCACCCCUGUCACUCCAGAGAUGCAGAGAGUCAAACGCAAUCAAGAAAACAUUAGCUCGGUGUUAUACAAAGAGAACCUGGGGAAAGCAACCCCCACACCCCUUACUCCUGAGAUGGAAAGAGUCAAACGCAAUCAAGAAAACUUUAGCUCGGUAUUGUACAAAGAGAAUAUGAGAAAAGCAACUCCGACACCUGUUACUCCAGAGAUGGAGAGAGCUAAGCGCAACCAGGAAAACAUUAGCUCGGUUCUUUAUUCUGAUAGCUUCCGGAAACAAAUACAAGGCAAAGCUGCCUAUGUGUUGGAUACCCCCGAGAUGAGACGAGUGAGGGAGACUCAACGGCACAUCUCAACGGUAAAGUAUCAUGAGGACUUUGAGAAACACAAGGGGUGCUUCACACCAGUGGUGACGGAUCCUAUCACUGAAAGAGUAAAGAAGAACACGCAGGACUUCAGUGACAUUAACUACCGAGGUAUUCAAAGGAAAGUGGUAGAAAUGGAACAAAAACGGAAUGACCAGGAUCAGGAAAUUAUCACAGGUUUACGUGUCUGGCGUACUAAUCCUGGUUCAGUUUUUGACUAUGAUCCAGCAGAAGACAACAUUCAAUCCCGAAGCUUACACAAGAUUAAUGUCCAAGCUCAGCGAAAGGGCCGAGACCAGUCACGAUCUGCCAGCGCUCUGAGCAUCAGUGGGGGUGAAGAGAAGUCUGAGCAUUCGGACCACCACCUCUCCACCUAUAGCGACGGAGGCAUCUUCUUCUCUGCAACCUCAUCAGCUUAUAAACAUGCAAAAACUACAGAACUCCCACAGCAACGAUCAUCUUCAGUUGCUACCCAACAGACAACGGUAUCCUCUAUCCCAUCUCAUCCAUCUACUGCUGGAAAAAUCUUCCGUGCCAUGUACGACUAUAUGGCUGCAGAUGCCGAUGAGGUGUCCUUCAAAGAUGGAGAUGCUAUCAUAAACGUCCAGGCUAUUGACGAAGGCUGGAUGUACGGCACCGUGCAGAGGACUGGCAGGACCGGCAUGCUCCCAGCCAACUACGUUGAAGCUAUUUAGGCAUUUUGGAGCAUCACACCUGUGUGCAGGACCUACAGAUCCUGAAACUGAUAUUUCAGUUUAGACUCUGCACUCUUGCACACGUUCCCAAGCUGCCUCUUUUUAUUAGGUGUCAAUAUGAUUUAUGGUAGUACCAUCCUACUUCCUUUAGGUGUUAAAGUAAGUUUAAUUUUGGAAUAGACAUUUAAAAAGAUUCUACAAUGUUAUAUUAUUGCUGUAUCAACCCAGAGUCUUUCUCUGUCAUAAAAAUGGUUAACAUUAUUUCUCUACUAAAACAGAGAUUCUGAACAUGCCAAACACAUAAAAGGAAAAAUGGCAGAGAUAUUCACCUUUUCCUUGCUUACUGAUUGCUAAUGCUUGAAUUUCUAAUUCAGUUUUGAAAUUAUAAAGCUGAUAGUCAAUAUAAACUGGUGAUAAACUGGUAACUAAUAAAAUCUAUAAUUCUGCAACAUA